AUCUGGAUAGGCACGGAGUGGACAUUUCCCCACUAGCCGUUUUAACCGCCAUUUUAAAAAAUUCGGACAUAAUUUGUCACAUGUCCCCGUUAACCACGUAUGUAGUUCCCUUGUAUUUUGUAAAAAUUGAUCAAAAUAAAAUCCCAAACAGAAAGAAAAGUGAACAUAUAUAUAUCAUUCCAUCUGAUGAAAAAUUUGGGAGCCGAAGGAAAAUUUAAAAGUUUUUCCCUUGUUUAUGUUUAAGAAGAUGGUAAGAAACAGAAUGGAAAAUGAGGAGAUCAAGAAGGGGCCAUGGACUGCUGAGGAAGAUGAGAUACUGAUGAAUUUCAUCAAGGAAAAUGGCCCAAAAGACUGGAGCACCAUACGAUCCAAAGGGCUCUUGCCAAGAACUGGAAAGUCCUGUCGUCUACGAUGGGUUAAUAAGCUUCAACCCAACUUGAAAAAAGGAUGCAAAUUUUCGGCAGAGGAAGAGAGGUUGGUGCUGGAAUUGCAGGCCACAAUUGGGAACAAAUGGGCAGCAAUCUCAACUUAUUUACCAGGAAGAACAGAUAACGAUGUGAAGAAUUUUUGGAGCACAAGGCAAAAGAGGCUGGCUAGGAUUUUGCGAACUUCAUCACAACCAAAUAGGAACCUUAAGAGAAGAGGAAAAGCACCUGUUGUGGAUGAAGCUUCUCCAUCCCUCCAAGAUUCCAAGGUCAGUACCAACCAACCAGGGGAAUCAGCAUUACUAAAUUGUAAGCUUUGCUCCUGUCUAUGCUCGGAAAGCUUCCCUAGUGUCAAUUUUAUGUCACCACCAUCAAAUUGGUUCCCCCCAUUUCUUGUUGAUUACAAUAUGAACUUACCUCCAAUGAUGGAUGUUAAAACAAAUGUCGCACAACCACCAACUUCUUUUCAUCCAAAUGAUGAUCAUCAUAUCUCCUUCACCAAUAAUCAGUUGCUGACUUCAACAGUAGUCAAUGACCUUCUACUAGUGCAAGAAAAUCAUGAUAACUUUGGAGAGCAAAAGUUCAUGGAGGGUUUUGCUUAUCAUCAAGAAGAAGCAUUUGAAGUGGGAACUAUGGCACAAGAGCUUAACUCGGGAUUAUCUUUGGAGCUACUGGAAGCUAAUGAUCAAAAUUACGGAGACAAUAAUGUUGCUGAUGAUUACAAAGAUAGUAGUAAUAUGAUCCCAAUGCCUGCUGAUUUAUUUGAUGAUUUCUCAGAUGACAUGCUUGAUAACAUAGAUAAAGCUCCUCCUAGUUCAUCAUCCUCCUGAAUCAAUUUGGGUCAGGAUAUCUCUGUAGUUGCUGGGGCAACUUUUAACUCCAACAUAAACAGCGCUAGGGUGUUAGAAUCUAGAAAAGGUCUUGUACUAUGGAUAAUUCGAUCGUGUGACUCUUGCAUUUCUUUUCGUUGGCCUUAUAUAUAUAUAUAUAUAUUUAUAUUUAUAUUUAAAUUUAUAUCAACUAUUAAAAUGUAGUUUCAGUUCGAAUAUAUGUGUCUACC